CUCGCACCGAGCAACCCAGCCUCCCGUCCCGACCCCUAUCCGUUCCCCCACUCCUGGUCUCUCCCGCUCCUAUCCUCUCCUCCCCCCCUUGCGCCGCCGCCGGCGCCCUCGCCGCGGCUUCCGCUCCUCCCCCAGCCAAGAUGAAUGUUGAAAAGCUCAAGAAGAUGGCAGGUGCCGUGCGCACCGGGGGGAAGGGUAGCAUGCGCAGGAAGAAGAAGGCUGUACACAAGACCACAACUACAGAUGACAAAAGGCUCCAGAGUACCCUGAAAAGAGUAGGAGUGAACACCAUUCCUGGUAUCGAAGAGGUCAACAUCUUUAAGGAUGAUGUGGUUAUUCAGUUUCUGAAUCCUAAAGUGCAAGCUUCAAUUGGUGCUAAUACAUGGGUAGUCAGUGGAACACCACAGACAAAGAAACUGCAAGAUCUGCUGCCAUCAAUUAUCAAUCAACUUGGUCCUGACAACUUGGACAACCUGCGGAGGCUUGCAGAGCAAUUCCAAAAGCAGGUCCCUGGUGGUGCUGCUGGCAUCGAGGCUGGUGCCAGUGCAGGUGCAGCUCAGGCUGACGACGAUGAUGAUGUUCCUGAGCUUGUCCCUGGAGACAUUUGAAGAGGCCGCUGAAGAGAAAAAGGCAGAGUCGUGAUUUUGAUGCAUGUUUACUGUUGUGAAGGGUUAUAAGUUAAGCGGCGCCAUUAGAGACCUCCCCUUUCAAGAACUCUGACCUACCUUAUUUGUGCCAGUGGACCGGUUUUGUCAUGUACGCGAGUUUCGUCUGAUAUGUUGGUGGAAUUUUGCAUCAAAUUACAUGCCUCUUUUGGUUGUCCUCAUUCUCAAAUCGUGUCUUUAAAUGUUCCAUUCCCAGCCCUAUAUACCCCAUCAUAACUGAUAUUGUUUUGUCCAUGGAUCUGUGAUUUGAUCACUAGAGGUAAUCUUGAGCUUA